UGUGCAACAGACGAUAGACGAUAGCAGCCUUGCCUAGUCUCUGUACUGUUGAAUGCGUGCAGUGUGUGCCGAGUGCCGUGUGCCGAGUGGCGAGUAAGAUGAUUCCUUCAGGUCAUUGUUCCUUCUAAUCGCAUUCCUUGCUUUGCGUUAUAAUGUAGUCAAGAGGGAAUCGAAAUAUUCAUGCAUUCAUUGUGCAUCCUCCAAACUUUCAUCAACGGUUUAUGCUCCAUCUGGACAGAAAUUCAUCUUUUUCUGAGACAGCGUCCUCAUCAUUCAAAACAAAGGCAGGCUCGCCGAGGGCAGCAUACUCUCGCUCGUCUUUUCUCAGCUGUGGUCCUGUGGUGUAUGGUGUUUGCCCUGGUGGAUGAUUGAGUCCUGAGAGAGGGUUGUUGUUCCUGUGUAUGAGUUUGCCUGAUCCCGAUAUGGCCAUGGUGGACUCGAGCAGCUUGAGUGACCACAUCAAUGCCAUGGACUUGGGUGCCAUGGACCUGGACGACAUACUGGCCAAUAAGCCGGUCAUAGGGACACUAGAACACGACCCCCGAAUGUCCAAGCUCAGCCUGGCUUGUCAAAUGGCUGACCGUCCUCAGGUUAUCUCACUGUUAGAACAGGGUGUAGAUGUGAAUGCAGGGAGCACUGAUGGCAUGACAGCCAUGCACCACCUAUGCUGCUCAGACGACUUUCCGUACGUACGCGGCCUCAUUCUGGAGCAGCUCUUUGCCCAUGGUGCGAACAUUAAUGCAGUCGACGACUCAGGCUGUUCUCCCAUCUUGUUGGCCUGUUUGAACGAUCAAGUCAGCCUUGUCAACAUCUUGAUAAAGGCGGGCUGCGACGUGAAUGUAUCAAACAAUUAUGGUGACACACCGUUCUCUAUUGCUUGCAGACUAGCCUCAGAAGGCUGGUAUUUUUGGAACACUGACAUUAUGAAUGGUGAAAAUGGCGUUGGAAGUUGUGGGCAAGAUGACGGCUUUCCCCCAGUGCUGAUCUGCAAGGUGCUUCUGAAGGCGGGUGCUUGUCCCACCCAAGCGACGUUGCUACCCGCGGCAGUUUUGUUCAGCACCAUGAGCUUGGUCAAGGAAUUCCUGGAUUUGGGCAUGGAUGUGAACAGGAUGGAUCAGAACAGACGGACUCCGCUUGGAUGCGCAGCCUGCACAUCCCACAUUCCUGCCAGCAUGAUGAAGCUUCUGCUGGAGAAUGGGGCAGAUGCCAAUGAAGCGCGAGGAGGAAAAAAGAGCAAGCCUAUCAUCUCUGCCUAUGUCCAUAACUCUGUGGAAAAGAUCAGACUUCUACUGUCGUACAGAGCAACUGUCAGUGAUGAAGAAAUGUCAGAAUUAGUUUCCCUCAGUCUUUCAAAAGGUUUUCUGGAAAAUCCAGAGAUUAUUCAAGAGGACAACCCUGAGUUGUUAGCGUGGAAGUUGCUUGUGAAAGCUGGCAGCAGACCUAAACUACCUCUUCUCUCCAUAAAACUUAAGCGUAUCUCCUUGUGUAGUAGUUAUCCUCGGGUGAGGCCGUUACUGCACAAGCUUUUGUUUCCUGUUCUGUCGCUGUCUGACUGGUGCAGAAUAGCCAUUCGCUCACAGCUCCCGCCGUCUGUGGAUGACAAUGUGGACCUCCUUCCCUUGCCCAACAAAUUGAAAUCUUUCCUCAAAUUCAGUGAAUUUUCAGAGUGAAGCUAAGAUGAACAAAAUACUUCUAAUCAAACUUAAUAGAGAAGCUGUUUUGUAUCUACUUGUGUGUAUACUGGUAUUUUUUUUUUUCCUUAUUAGAAUAUAGGGCAUUUCAUUUGACGUCUUUGAAAGAUAAAAAGAAAUUGAUUGGAGAUAUGGCUACAAAUCAUAGAAGGUUAACUUCUGAAAAGGAAAUGGAUUGGAGAUGUGGCCACAAAUCAUAGAUUAAUAGACAAAUGCGUGGCUUUUAAAAAUAAACUUGUGUCCGUUUUUGUUCCAGAACCCAAAAUAUCAAUGAAACCAUUCUGUUGUGUUCAGAGGAUGCCUUUCCCGGCUUUUUGUCCAUCAAUUAUCACAGACUGAUUUCUAUCAUUGCCGGUUAACAAGUUAGUGAAUCUGAUGAUGAUGGGAUGAGAAUACUGGUGCCUAUCCUAUGAUGUAAUGGUUUACAAGCUCUCCACUAGCACAAGCUGCAAGCAGUAGACAUUAGUUCAAUUUUCCUUUAUGUAAAAGUUAUUUUAUCAAGUGUCUCAGCCUGACUGCCAUGCUGAGAUGCUGUUUCUAACUCAGAAUUGGCACUUCCAGACAAGGUAGAUGCAUCUGGCCUCUCGGAUGAUUUAAAUUGUCAUUGUGUGAUAAAAUAUCGACAGUCUUUUUGGUUAUCAUAAUGGUUACUCAGGUUACCUGGUACCCAUUAUAUUAGAAAUGGUGCUGAUUUAAGUUUUUGAAUUUUAUAGAUCAAUUGGUAAAGAUGCCAAGACAAAGAAGAUUUGUGUUGCUUGAUUUGUUAAAGCUACUGCACAGAAACCUGUCGCGUCAUUUCCGUGUUCAUUAGGUUUUCUACUACAAUUGCAAUUUUCCGUCACAUACCUAGUUGAUGAGACUAGACCCACAGCGUUGUGAUGCAGGAAAUUGUCCCACCUGCCUCCAGUUGUAAAACAGCAACAUGUGAAUAUCUAUACUUGUAAAGCUUGCCUUUUUUUCUUUAUAAUGUCUGUUACAAACUCAUCCAUUUGAAUGAAAGUUUAACAUAUAUUAGAGUCUUAAUCAUUGUCAACAAAUAACAUAGAAAAGCAUGCACAUUAUAUUACAAGCGGGUCUUUACUGCUCUGCCCCCCUCCUCCAUUUCAUUAAAAAGAUGUGUUCAGUCAGUCAUUUGAGGGGAAUGAAUGCUUCAUGUAUGCAAGGAAAAAAAAAGUGUAAUCUGUGCUUUCAUUUUCAUAUUUGUUUCCUUUUAAAGCCAAAAAUUUUGUCGUGAUUUAUACAUGUAUUAUCUUAAGUAUUAGCCACUACAUUUUAUGAAUGAAUGUUUGCUAUGUCUGACAGUACUGACUGACUUCUUGUUUAAUAAUGUAAGGAGUAGUGUAAAGAUGCAGUCGAACGUUGCAAGUUUGUUUCUAGAAGGCAAGGCAUGUUGAGUAUUGGGAUUGAUCUUUGAUCACAGUGUGCUAUUUUUAGCAACAAAUGUAUUAUUUUUGCUUCUUUUGCAACAAAGUGUACAUGUACACCUUUUUACCGAAAAACAUUGUCUCAUGGUAGGAGACACAUGUGCCAUAAUUAUGUACACCAUGUACUGAGUGCAGAGUGACGUUUCCAUAAAAUUCUUGUUAG